AUGUGCUGUUUACAAGGGCAGAUCAAACUGCCUCAUCUUCGUCCUGCUCCUCCCAUUCUUCAAAAUCUUCUCUGUGGUAACAAUCCAUUGUCUAAAACUUUCUUAAAAGAUAUUAGACAGUAUAAUGCAGCAUUGGCAUUUACAUCUGUAGCUGUGAAAGUUGAUCAAGCAAUUACCAACUCUUCAGGACCAUACUGUUUUCAUGUAUCUGGCGAACUUCAUCAUCGGAUGGGAUCUCUGCUGGCUAAGGAAGGAGAGGAAAUGUCUUAUGCACAGCUGUAUAUACAUGAUCCAGUGGAGGCAUUGAGUAUGCAUAAUCGUCGCAACCCUAACCUAAAGCCUGAAAUCAUGUCUCAACUGCAAGAUUUACUGCAUGAUAUAAAUCCAUAUGUUGCUUUAUAUCACAAGCCCCAUGAAGAGUAUCCAAAUAUUGAAGUACAAUUGCAUGUGGGUGAUGGCACUGAUGGACGACGAUAUAAUCUUCCAACAGUAGAUGAGUUGGCUGCUAUUAUUCCUGGAGAUGGAUCUGAGCCUGUUAAAAAUGACUGA